AUGGUGAUAACAUCUCCUUAUCCGUCACUGGACAUACCCAGGACAAACCUGCUCUCGUACUUGUUUCCCAGAGAUGAGACGCUUUCAGAGGAGCCCCUUUGGAUCGACUGCAAAGAUGAGGGAGUCAGCUUGUCACCUAGGCAAAUGGCACAAUGGGUGAAGCGGCUGUCUUUUGGCCUUCACAAUCUGGGCCUCCAGCGUGGCGAGGUUGUCAUGAUUUGCACACCAAACCAGAUCUACGUGCCCGCUGCGUAUCUUGGCAUCGUAGCUGUUGGAUGCAUAUUCAGCGGUGCCAAUCCGGCCUACACGGUUCCAGAGCUUACUCACCAGAUGACCAACACCGCCGCCAAAGUCAUACUGGCUCAUCCUAACAAUCUCGAACAGGUUCUGGAAGCAGCUUCCAAGGCCGGCAUCCCCAAAAACCGCAUUUUCCAGUUCUCCGAUACUGAAAAUGGUGCCAGGCAUGGCAUUCCCGACUGGAGACACAUGAUCGGAACCCCAGCUGAAGCAGACUCAUACCGAUGGCCCGAGUUGAGUGCUGAAGAGUCGACCUCUACUGUGGCAACGAUCAACUACAGCUCCGGCACGACCGGUCUUCCCAAGGGGGUCUGCGUGUCGCAUCACAACCUGAUUGCCAAUGUGGAGCAGACUAUUUUCAUGCGAUACGCAGAUAGACCCUAUGCCUUUGAGUCCCGGCCACAAGAGAGAUGGAUCGGGUUCCUACCCCUUUAUCAUGCCUACGGUCAGCUCUACACCAUUCUCAUGGCGAUCAAGCUGAAGGUUCCCAUAUACAUUAUGAAGGAGUUCCGAUACGAAGACUUUCUCUUCGCGAUCGGCAAGUACAGAAUAACGAGUCUGCAAGUGGCGCCACCAAUUCUCGUAAUGCUCUCUAAAAGACCCGAAACUGCCCGAUACGAUCUAUCCAGCGUCAAAGAGGUGCUCUGCGGCGCUGCUCCUCUGUCACGAGAGCUUCAAAACGAGUGCCAGCAAAGGUUCAAUUUCCAGAUCAAUCAGGGGUGGGGUAUGACAGAAGUCACAUGCGGUGCUAUCCACAUGCCUGGUGGUAUCAAGGAUGACACAGGCAGUGUCGGCAGGCUUGACCCGAAUUGCGACUGCAAACUGGUUGACGAUGAGGGCAAGGAGGUGGGUUUUGGUCAGGCUGGGGAACUAUGCGUACGCGGCCCAAACAUUUGCCUAGGGUACUGGCGGAACGAGGCGGCCACCAAGGAGGCGCUUGAUCAGGACGGCUGGCUCAAGACCGGAGACAUCGCCAUCUGCAACGAUGAGGGUUUCUUUUGGAUUGUCGAUCGCAAGAAGGAGCUCAUCAAGGUCAACGCGCUACAGGUUGCCCCGGCUGAGCUGGAGGCAGUCCUCCUCGAGAACGAGCACGUGGCAGAUGCGGCAGUGGUCGGAAUCAUCUUAGACGGCAAUGAGUGGCCCAGAGCGUACGUAGCAAUUCAGGACGUAAGCAGGGGGAAGGUCACGCCCGAGGACAUACAGGAGUGGAUCAAACCGCGAGUUGCGAAGCACAAGUGGCUUGCAGGUGGUGUCGUAUUUGUCGGCGAGGUACCGAAGCUUGCGAGCGGCAAAAUCCAGAGAAAGACAAUGAGGGAGUGGUCGAAGAGGGAUGCCGCGGCGCUGGUAGAUGCCAAGAGCACAAAGGCAAGACUUUGA